AUGGCGGGAAUUGAUGGAGAGCAGGCGGUCCUCGCCAUGUCCUCUAGUGGCAUCGCCGAUGUCGUUGCCGGACCCCUAGCUUACGCCCGGCAUUUCUGCGGCGAUGCGGAGGGCUGGGGACCGAUCAGCUCUAUCAGAUAUGGCCUCACUCCUUGCUUUUUAGACGUGUUCAUCUGUUUCGUAGCCGUGUUCGGCUUGGUGGGCUCUGCUGGAGCUCUGUGGCUGCUCUUGAGACAUAGAACAGCGGAAAACAUUCCACGGAACUGGCACUUCUAUGCGAAAUUGUCAUUAAUAUGGGCCCUCGUUGUCGUUGUCGGACUCCAGGCAUCUCUACAAAUCGAAAACCUCACGCAUAUUUGGGCUAGUGACUUUAGGUUCUGGACCACUAUCCUCCUCCUUCUUUCCCUCGUCUGCAUAUAUGCAGUUCAGUACCACGAACACUGGAGGAGUCGUCAGCCAAACGGAGUGGUUCUCUUUUACUGGCUCUUUUUCCUUAUCGCGCAUGGUGUCAAGCUUCAGUCACUCGUGUCACGCCAGUUCUAUCGAGACCACUUGCCGUACUUUAUCACCUUCGUUGUCGGCCUAGGCAUUGCGCUCCUGGAGUUCAUCCUUGAAUAUUUCGUUAAGAAGAAGCAGAGUGUUUAUCACGCAUUGGGUGAUGAGGACGAAUGCCCCUUCGAAUAUGCCGAUAUAUUCUCCAUCCUGACCUUCUCAUGGAUGACACCACUCAUGAAACACGGUUACAAGAACUUCCUUACCCAGGAUGAUAUGUGGAAUCUGAGAGACCGAGAUACCACGCGUGUCACUGGUGAAUUACUGCAAGCUGCUUGGGAAGACGAGCUCAGGAAGAAGAAGAAAAAACCAUCCCUUUGGAUAGCUCUGUUCAGAGCAUUCAGUGCCCCUUAUUUCCGUGGUGCUCUGAUCAAGUGUUUGAGUGAUAUCCUAGCAUUUGUUCAGCCGCAGCUUCUCCGUCUGCUUAUCAGCUUCGUUGAUUCCUAUAAAACUGAAAACCCGCAGCCAGCUAUCCGCGGAGUUGCCAUUGCACUGGCUAUGUUCCUCGUUUCGGUUGUCCAGACUACAUGUCUACACCAGUACUUCCAAAGAGCCUUUGAAACUGGUAUGCGUGUCAAAUCUUCUUUGACUGCAAUGAUCUAUACCAAGUCCUUGAAACUGUCAAAUGAGGGCCGUGCCACUAAGUCAACAGGAGAUAUUGUCAACCACAUGGCUGUGGAUCAGCAACGACUGUCUGAUCUGGCUCAAUUUGGUACACAGUUGUGGUCAGCUCCAUUCCAGAUUACUCUGUGCAUGAUUUCUCUCUACGACCUCAUUGGAUGGAGUAUGUGGGCAGGAAUUGCUGCUAUGGUACUUAUGAUUCCGCUCAACGGCUUCAUUGCCAAUAUCAUGAAGACAUUACAGGUCAAACAGAUGAAGAAUAAGGAUCAACGUACGAGACUGAUGACUGAAAUCUUAAACAACAUGAAGAGUAUUAAGCUCUACGCCUGGAACACCGCCUUCAUGGGCAAGUUGAACCACGUUCGGAAUGACCUGGAACUGAACACUCUACGCAAGAUUGGAGCUACCCAGGCCAUUGCCAACUUCACCUGGUCAUCCACACCUUUCUUGGUUUCUUGCUCCACUUUUGCUGUCUUUGUAUGGAUCACGGAUAAACCUCUUACCACUGAUAUUGUGUUCCCAGCAUUGACUCUUUUCAACUUGCUUACCUUCCCACUUGCUAUCUUACCAAUGGUCAUUACUUCCAUUAUUGAGUCCUCCGUUGCCGUCUCACGCUUGACGGCAUAUCUAACCUCCGAAGAAUUGCAAGAAAAUGCUGUCCAGUAUGAAAAUGCUGUUACCCACACCGGAGACGAGGCAGUAUCUAUUCGCGAUGCCACAUUCACCUGGAACAAACACGAGAGUGGAAAUGAAUUGGAGAACCUCAACUUUAGUGCCCGAAAGGGUGAGUUGAGCUGCAUUGUCGGCCGUGUUGGUGCUGGAAAGUCGUCUCUCCUUCAGACCCUACUCGGUGACCUAUAUAAAGUCAGCGGAGAAGUUGUUGUCAAGGGCCGCAUCGCCUAUGUUGCUCAACAGUCAUGGAUCAUGAACGCUAGUGUCAGAGAUAACAUUGUAUUCGGGCAUAGAUGGGAUCCCCAUUUCUAUGAGCUGACAGUAGCUGCUUGUGCUUUGCUAGAUGAUUUCAAGACUUUGCCCGAUGGUGAUCAAACUGAAGUUGGAGAACGUGGAAUCUCCCUGUCUGGCGGUCAAAAAGCCCGAGUCAGCUUGGCCAGAGCCGUAUAUGCGCGUGCUGAUGUUUAUCUCCUAGAUGACUGUCUAUCUGCUGUGGAUCAACAUGUUGGGAGACACCUUAUCAACCGUGUUUUGGGCAAGAAUGGAAUUCUAUCUACCAAAACCAGAAUUCUCGCGACCAAUGCCAUCACCGUCCUAAAGGAGGCCGAUUUCAUUGCUCUACUUCGAAACCGCACAAUUAUUGAAAAUGGAACAUAUGAGCAACUUCUGGCAAUGAAAGGAGAAGUAGCAAACCUGGUCCGCACGGCUAUCACUGAAGAUGACUCUAGAUCCAGUGGAAGCAGCAAAGAUGACGGCCUUGGAGGCUCAGAAUCAUCCUCCACAAUUAUUGACCCUGAAGACGAUAGCCCUAACGCCUCGGACAACGAGGAGGCCCAGGAGCGAUUUGCACCCCUUGCGCCUAUUCGAAGUGUUGGCGGGGGAAAGCCACGCCGUGAAAGCACGACCACACUCCGCCGUGCAAGUACCGUCAGCCGACCAAACUUCAGGGGAAAAGUUGGCGAUGAAGAGGAAGUCAUCAAAUCCAAACAGACCAAGGAAGCCAUGGAGCAAGGAAAGGUGAAGUGGAGCGUGUAUGGGGAGUACGCUCGGACUAGCAACCUCUAUGCUGUUACUGCUUAUUUACUUAUCCUCGUUAUGGCACAUGGCACACAGGUAGCCGGUAACUUCUGGCUGAAGCAAUGGUCAGAGGAAAAUGAGAAGAAGGGUAGGAAUGCUGAGAUUGGGAAAUACCUUGGAAUCUAUUUUGCUUUUGGAAUUGGCUCAUCUGCACUUGUCAUUUUGCAGACUUUGAUCCUCUGGAUUCUUUGCUCUAUUGAGGCAUCACGAAAACUGCAUGAGAGGAUGGCCUUUGCGAUCUUUAGGUCUCCUAUGAGUUUCUUCGAAACAACUCCUGCUGGACGUAUUCUUAACCGCUUUUCCAGUGAUAUGUAUCGUGUAGACGAAAUGCUAGCACGAACAUUCAAUAUGCUGUUUUCCAAUUCCGCCCGCGCUAUCUUUACUGUAGUGGUCAUUGGCAUCUCUACACCUUGGUUCCUUUUACUUGUCUUCCCACUUGGAUAUGUUUACCUCAGAUACCAGAAGUACUAUUUGAGAACGUCACGAGAGCUCAAGCGUCUUGAUAGUGUCAGCAAGAGUCCCAUCUUUGCGCACUUCCAAGAGAGUCUUGGUGGAAUCUCCACCAUCAGAGCAUUCAGACAACAAAAGCGGUUUGCUCUAGAGAAUGAAUGGCGUAUGGAUGCCAAUAUCAGGGCAUACUUUCCAUCGAUUAGUGCCAAUAGAUGGCUUGCAGUACGACUUGAGUUCCUUGGAUCUAUCAUUAUCCUUGCAUCUGCUAUUUUGGCGACCAUAGCUGUCACCACUCAUACCGGCAUUACUGCCGGCAUGGUUGGUCUUGCGAUGUCCUAUGCAUUGAUGAUAACCCAAUCUCUUAAUUGGAUUGUGCGACAGACAGUCGAGGUGGAGACGAAUAUUGUUUCUGUUGAGCGUGUGCUAGAAUACGCAAAUCUCCCAAGCGAGGCCCCCGAUGUUAUUUUCAAAAAUCGACCAACAUUAGGCUGGCCCUCACAGGGAGCUGUAACAUUUAACAAUUAUAGCACGAGAUACCGCCCCGGAUUGGAUCUUGUGCUAAAGGGAAUCAACUUGAGCAUCAAGCCGCAUGAGAAGAUUGGAGUUGUGGGAAGAACCGGAGCGGGCAAAAGUUCGUUGACGCUGUCUUUGUUCCGUAUUAUUGAGGCAGCUGAAGGUCAAAUCAGUAUCGAUGGAUUGGAUAUCAGCAAGAUUGGGUUGCAGGACCUGCGUGGCCGUCUUGCCAUUAUCCCACAGGACGCGGCUUUGUUUGAAGGGACGGUUCGAGAUAACCUUGACCCUCGUCAUGUACACGAUGACACCGAACUGUGGAGCGUCCUUGAACACGCACGCCUUAAAGACCAUGUCUCUAGCUUACCCGGACAGCUGGAUGCUCAGAUACAUGAAGCAGGAUCCAACUUGAGUCAGGGACAACGACAGCUCAUCUCGAUGGCUAGAGCACUAUUGACUCCCAGCAACAUCUUGGUGCUUGAUGAAGCAACCGCUGCUGUUGAUGUUGAAACCGAUGCCCUCCUGCAACAGAUGUUGCGCAGUAGUAUCUUUGAGAACCGCACGAUCAUAACGAUCGCCCAUCGUAUCAACACCAUUCUAGACAGUGAUCGGAUUGUUGUGCUUGAUCGCGGUACUGUAGCAGAGUUCGACACUCCAGCCGAACUCAUUCGGCAAGGAGGGCAGUUCUACACUCUCGUCAAGGAGGCAGGGCUGCUUGAAACCGGCACUUCUUCCCCGGCAACCCUGGAUAAAUAA